CAUGGAAAUGUCUCCAAACCAAACAUCUUUAAAACUCAGUUUGUUCUCCUAGGUCUGGAAAGCAGCUCCAAAUACACAGCUUUAACACACACAAUUGGUGUGAUUCAGUGAGUAGAAGAAAAGAAAAAAUGGAAGAUGUGAUCACAGAAGCAGCACCUCCUUCAAGAUUAUUAGAAGAAGACCUCAACAAUUUCACACCACCCUCUCCCCUUCUUCCUUCACCCUUCCUCCUCUUUUCUCACUCUCAACAACCUCUCAAACCAUCUCUCCUCAUUAUUGCUAUCUCUUCUCCCUCUCUCUCCCUCUUCAACAACAACUUCAACCCUAAAACCCUAAUCGCCUCUCUCAUCCUCCCAGAACUCCCUCUCUCCCUCCCUAACAACACUCUCGACAUCCACUCCCUCUCCUCCACCGUUCUCAUCGCCGCCGUCCGAUGCUCUAUCCCCGCCGACCGCGCUUACGCCGUCGCAAAUGUCCUCCUAAGCGACCGGAUCCGGCCUGAUUCGGUUAUCAUUUUAGACUCUCUACAGCCAAUGAAUCACCGCGGUCUGCUCUCGUCGGACCGUGCUGUUGCUUUCAAGCUGGAGAGCUUAGCGGAAAGGAAGAGGGCGGAUGGGGAGAAGAAGUUGUUGGAUGGAUUGGAGUAUUACCCAUCCGGCAGCGUUGUUGAUGGACUUGGCGCCGCGAUUCUCGGACGGUGCCAGGUUUUGAACAUUAGGGCUAGCUUGUGUGUUUCCUGGCCUCAAUUUGAUGGCUCUGUUGUGUUGUUGUUAAAGGAUUUGCUUCGACGUUGUGCUUUGCCGGAGUUCGACUUCGGUUUGAGUGGUGAUGAUGUUUUGAAAUAUGGAAAAAGCAAGGAUCAUGUUUUUCAAUCUCACUUGUAUAUUUGAUUUUAUUUUAAAAAUGUAAUUCUCGAUAAUUUGAAUGUUUUGAUAGAUGAGAUAUUUAUGUUAAAUUGGGAUGUUUGUUUGUGGAAUUAUGCUGGAUAAGAUGGCUUUUUGUGGUUUAUUUUAUAGCUUUUAUCAAUUUUGUUUUACAGAUGGCCAUGAAAAUUAGCAAUAUCCUGAACUGUGGAAAUUAUGCCUAUGUUAGUUUCAAUUCUAAUAA